CGUCCGCCGGGGCCGGGACCGGGACCGGGACAGCAGCAUCCGCAGCCGGUGGGCGGCUCUGGAGUCCCCGGAGCCCGCAGGAGUAGCAGCCGGCGCACGGCUCCGCACCUGACGGACAGCUCCAUGCUGUCCCCCUUCUACCAGGACCAUGGUGGUUCGGCAGUGUGGCCCCAGACCUCCUCCUGCUCCUCCUCCUCUCAGGGCCUCCACCGCCCUCUGCGCUGCCACCCUCCCCCCAUCAGCGGGAGCAGCCUGGACCCCCACCCCACCUACUACCACGCCGUCUACGACGUCCGGGUGGAGCGGUACCAAGAAGUGCCCUUCAUCGAUGGAGGCGGCAGCUACAGCGUCCGCUCCGGCCGGGGGUCCCUGGAUAACGGCAGCACCGACCCCACGGUCCCGCUUAUCCGCCGGAGGGGAGGACUGGUGGACCACCGGGAUGUCAUCUUGGCCCAUCAAGCCCACAAGCUGCACAACACACCCCAGGCCAGGAGGAAACAAUGGGAAAUGGCGCGUUUUGGAGACGAGCUACCCAACAGGUAUGGAGGAGGAGGAGGAGGUGGUGGUGGCGGUGGCGGGGGUGCCGGCGGACAAGGGGGCCCCGGCCGCGGCGGCAGCAGGCAAGGGGGGCCCCCUGGAGCGCAGCGGAUGUACAAGCAGUCGAUGGCCCAGAGAGCCCGGACCAUGGCCCUGUACAACCCCAUACCCGUCCGGCAGAGCUGCCUAACGGUCAACCGCUCCCUCUUCCUCUUCAGUGAAGACAACGUGGUGAGGAAGUACGCCAAAAAGAUCACCGAAUGGCCUCCGUUUGAGUGGAUGAUCCUCACCACCAUCAUUGCUAACUGCAUCGUCCUGGCUCUGGAGCAGCACCUUCCAGAUGGAGACAAGACGCCUCUGUCCGAACGACUGGAGGACACAGAGCCCUACUUCAUAGCCAUCUUCUGUUUUGAGUCGGGGAUAAAGAUCCUGGCUCUGGGUUUUGCCUUACAUAAGGGCUCGUAUUUGAGGAACGGCUGGAACGUCAUGGACUUUGUGGUGGUGCUCACCGGUAUUUUGUCGUCGGUGGGCUCUCAGCUCGACCUGAGGACCCUUCGAGCCGUCAGAGUGCUGCGACCGUUGAAACUGGUGUCUGGGAUUCCCAGCCUGCAGGUGGUGCUCAAGUCCAUCAUGAAGGCUAUGAUCCCCCUGCUGCAGAUCGGCCUGCUGUUGUUUGUAGCCAUCCUCAUGUUCGCCAUCAUCGGCCUGGAGUUCUACAUGGGAAAGUUCCAUACCACCUGCUACGACGACGUCACAAAUGAGAUCGUAGAUGAGGUGCCCUGCGGUAAAGAGCUGCCGUCCCGCUUGUGUCUUAACGGUACGUCAUGUAAAGGCGGCUGGCUCGGACCCAACUACGGCAUCACCCAGUUCGACAACAUCCUGUUCGCCGUGCUCACUGUCUUCCAGUGCAUCACCAUGGAGGGAUGGACCGACAUGCUCUACUUUAGUAAUGAUGUGGAGGGCAGUGCCUGGAACUGGAUGUACUACAUCCCCCUCAUCAUCAUCGGCUCCUUCUUCAUGCUCAACCUGGUGCUGGGGGUCCUCUCAGGUGAAUUUGCCAAAGAGAGAGAGCGAGUGGAGAACAGGAGCGAGUUCCUCAAACUGAGGCGACAGCAGCAGAUUGAACGAGAACUCAACGGAUAUCUGGAGUGGAUCUGCAAAGCAGAGGAGGUGAUUCUUGCUGAGGAAGACGCCACAGGAAAUUUCGAUGGUUCGAGGCGAAGACCGACCAUCAAAACCAAAAACAACAAGACGGAGCUGCUGAACACCGAGGAAGGAGAGGACAACAUGGGAGACGCAGUAGGUUUUGCCCGUUCCAGUAUAAAGAGCGGAAAGGAAGGUUCCAACUACAGUAAGAAGGAACGACGCAUGCGAUUUUUCAUCCGAAAGAUCGUAAAGACGCAGGCUUUCUACUGGACGGUUCUGUGCCUGGUGGGCCUCAACACCAUGUGUGUGGCGGCGGUGCAUUACGACCAGCCUGAGCUGCUCUCCGAUUUUCUUUUCUAUGCAGAGUUUAUUUUCCUGGGUUUAUUCAUGUCGGAGAUGCUGAUUAAGAUGUAUGGUCUGGGUAUUCAGCCCUACUUCCACUCCUCGUUCAACUGCUUCGACUGCGUGGUAAUCGUGGGCAGUAUCUUUGAGGUGGUGUGGGCUACCAUUAAACCAGGCACAUCCUUUGGCAUCAGUGUGCUCCGAGCUCUGCGACUGCUCCGAAUAUUUAAAGUUACCAAAUACUGGGCUCCUCUUCGGAACCUGGUGGUUUCUCUGCUGAACUCCAUGAAGUCCAUCGUCAGUUUGCUCUUCCUCCUCUUCCUCUUCAUUGUGGUCUUUGCCUUAUUGGGCAUGCAGUUGUUUGGAGGACAAUUCAACUUUGAAAAUGGAACUCCGCCAACCAACUUUGACACUUUUGCAGCUGCCAUAAUGACAGUGUUUCAGAUCCUGACCGGAGAGGACUGGAACAUGGUGAUGUACGACGGCAUCGAGUCCCAGGGAGGAGUGAACGACAAAGGAAUGGUCUUCUCCAUUUUCUUCAUUGUGCUCACACUCUUUGGCAACUACACCCUGCUGAACGUCUUCUUGGCUAUCGCUGUUGACAAUCUGGCCAACGCCCAGGAGCUCACAAAGGACGAGGAGGAACAGGAGGAGGCAGCCAAUCAGAAGACAGCUCUGCAAAAGGCCAAGGAGGUGGCAGAGGUUAGCCCGCUGUCUGCAGCCAACCUGUCCAUCGCUGCGAAGGAGCAGCAGAAGAACCACACCAAGGGCAACAAGUCCGUCUGGGAACAGAGAACCAGCGAGAUCCGCAGACAGAACCUGAUGACGAGCCGCGAGGCGCUCUACAAUGAGAUGGAGCAGGACGACUGGAAGGUGGGAGGGGAGGGCGAGGAGGUGUCCUAUCCACGGAAAGGACGUGGUGACAUGAAAACCCACUUGGACCGGCCCCUGGUGGUCAACCCCCAAGAUAACCGCAACAACAACACCAACAAAACCCAACCAGGAGAGCUUCCUCUGGACCAGGAGUACCGGCGCCAGGACAUGGACCACCGCCGCCGCACCGCCCAUCACACCCACUACCACCACCACCACCACCACCACCCCCACCCCAAACCCAGCAGGCUCGAAGGCGGGGAGCCCGGACAGGUGGCGGAGACUCACCUGGAGCGCGGCUUCAGCUGUACGUCCCUGGGCAGCGCCGUGGGCCCACAGGGUGAAGACAGGCACGUCCACCGGAGCCACCGGGGCCACCGGCACCGGAACCGGGACGGCAGGGAGGCCCGGAGCGUGUCCCCCCACAGCGAAACCACCACGGAGCACAGGAGGUCCAGGCAGCACCGGAGAGCCAGGGAAGGAGGGGAGGAGGGCAGGAGACACCGGUCCAGGGGUACAGAGGGGGACGGGGACAAAGGAGAGGACGGGGAGGGACGGAAGACCAGACGGCAUCGUCAUGGCAACCAGGAGAGGAGCCGGGGACAUCGCAACAGAAAGGAGCACCACAGCGUGGGCCCCAGCCUGUCCACCACCAGACCCAUACAGCAGUACAACGAAGACCUGGACAACUUCCGCAACAACAGCAAACUGGCCAACGCCCACCAGAACCCCUACGCCCUCCCUCCGGACCACCCCGACCACCCCGACCACGUCAACAACCUACUGAACUGCCAGGACGCCGACACCCACACCCUGCUCCACAGCAUGGACAGCCUGAUCCUGACCAGCAUGGCCAAGCCCGAGUACACAGCCAUAGACAUGCCCCCCGUCUACCCCUACCCCUCCACCAACGCCAUCCUGCAAGUGAACAAGAACGCGAACACGGACCAGAAGAAGAGCGAGGAGAAAAAAGAGGAGGAGGAUGAGGGUGGAGAUGAAGACGGACCCAAGCCCAUGCCCCCCUACAGCUCCUGCUUCAUCAUGUCCACCACCAACCCGUUUCGGAAAUGCUGCCACUACAUCCUGACGCUGAAGUAUUUUGAGUUCAGCAUCCUGUCGGUCAUCGCUAUGAGCAGCAUCGCUCUGGCUGCAGAAGACCCCGUCUGGCCGGAGUCACCCCGAAACAAUGUUCUGCGUUAUUUCGACUAUGUUUUCACAGGCGUGUUCACCUUUGAAAUGUUGAUCAAGAUGGUCGUGCUGGGCUUGUUCCUCCACCAGGGCUCCUACUUCCGCGACUUAUGGAACAUUCUGGACUUUAUAGUGGUUAGUGGUGCUCUGGUGGCCUUCGCCUUCACGAGCAGCACCCGGGGGAGCAGCAAAGGAAAAGACAUCAGUACAAUCAAGUCCCUUCGAGUCCUGAGGGUUCUGCGUCCUCUGAAGACCAUCAAACGCCUCCCAAAGCUGAAGGCUGUCUUUGACUGUGUGGUCAACUCUCUGAAGAACGUGCUGAACAUCUUGAUCGUCUACAUGCUCUUCAUGUUCAUCUUUGCCGUGGUGGCUGUGCAACUUUUCAAGGGACGCUUCUUCUAUUGCACGGACGAAUCCAAAGAGUUUGAGCGCGACUGCAGGGGCGAGUACUUGGUGUACGAUAGGGAUGAGGUUAAAGCUCAGAAGCGGGAGUGGAAGAAGUACGAUUUCCACUACGACAACGUGGCUUGGGCCCUGCUCACCCUCUUCACGGUCUCCACUGGAGAGGGGUGGCCGCAGGUGUUAAAGCACUCAGUGGACUCCACCUAUGAGAAUCAGGGCCCGAGCCCAGGUUACAGGAUGGAAAUGUCCAUCUUUUACGUGGUGUACUUCGUUGUCUUCCCCUUCUUCUUCGUAAAUAUCUUUGUGGCUCUCAUCAUCAUCACCUUCCAGGAACAGGGGGAUAAAAUGAUGGAGGAUUACAGCUUAGAAAAGAACGAGAGAGCCUGUAUAGACUUCGCCAUCAACGCCAAGCCUCUGACUCGCCACAUGCCCAAAAACAAACUGAGCUUCCAGUAUCGGAUGUGGCAGUUCGUGGUUUCUCCGCCCUUCGAGUACAGCAUCAUGGCUCUGAUUGCGCUCAACACCAUCGUCCUCAUGAUGAAGUUUGACGGUGCAUCAACAACAUAUGAUGACGUCCUCAAGUACCUCAACAUUGUGUUUACAACCUUCUUCUUCAUGGAAUCAGUCCUCAAGAUUAUCGCUUUUGGCCCUCUGAAUUUCUUCAGAGACGCCUGGAACAUCUUUGACUUUGUGUCUGUCCUCGGUAGCAUCACGGACAUUUUAGUGACAGAGUUAGGGAAUAAUUUCAUCAAUUUGAGCUUCCUGAGGCUGUUCAGAGCAGCCCGACUCAUCAAACUGCUCAGACAGGGAGAAACCAUUCGCAUCCUGCUGUGGACCUUCGUCCAGUCAUUCAAGGCUCUGCCGUAUGUAUGUCUGCUCAUCGCCAUGCUCUUCUUCAUCUACGCCAUCAUCGGCAUGCAGUUGUUUGGGAAUUUGAAACUGGAUGAGGAAGGAGAGUCAGCCAUCAACGAGCACAAUAACUUCAGAACCUUCAUCAUGGCCCUGAUGCUGCUGUUCAGGAGCGCUACAGGGGAGGCGUGGCAUGAGAUCAUGUUGGCGUGUCUGGGCGGUAAGGACUGCGACCCCAUCUCUGGAAACACAGACGCAGAGUGUGGCAGCACCUUCGCAUACACGUACUUCGUGUCCUUCAUCUUCCUCUGCUCUUUUUUGAUGCUGAAUCUGUUCGUGGCUGUCAUCAUGGAUAACUUUGAGUACUUAACCAGAGACUCUUCGAUCCUGGGGCCACAUCACCUGGACGAGUAUGUAAGGAUAUGGGCCGAGUACGACCCAGCUGCCUGCGGGCGCAUACAUUAUAAGGAUAUGUACAGUUUAUUGCGAGUUAUCUCCCCUCCCCUGGGCCUUGGCAAGAAAUGCCCACAUAGGGUGGCCUGCAAGAGGCUGCUCCGUAUGGAUCUGCCGGUCGCCGACGAUAACACGGUGCAUUUUAACUCCACCCUCAUGGCGCUGAUCAGGACGGCGUUGGACAUAAAGAUCGCCAAGGGCGGUGCAGACAAGCACCAGAUGGAUGCAGAGCUGAGAAAGGAGAUGAUGGCGAUUUGGCCUAACUUAUCCCAGAAGACCCUGGACCUGCUGGUGACUCCACACAAGGCAGCCACAGACUUGACGGUGGGCAAAAUCUACGCUGCCAUGAUGAUCAUGGAAUACUACCGCCAGAGCAAGACCAAAAAGCUGCAGGCGCUGCGAGAGGAACAGAACCGACCGCCAUUAAUGUUUCAGCGCAUGGCGCCGCCCUCCGAGGGAGGGGGCACGGACGGCCAGGGGGGGCAGGGCCAGAACGGCCUUCCCAGCAUGCGAAACAUCAACAGCAUACCUCCUGAGGGCGGCAUGACUGAGAGCCAGUCGUGGGUGACAACCAAAGCCCAGGAAAUGUUCCAGAAGACGGGGAACUGGAGCCCGGACAGACCAUACCCCGAUGAUCUCCACGACAACCGACACAACCCCCAGACGGUAGAGAUGAGGGAGAUGGGGCGGGACGGGUACUCCGACACUGAGCCCUAUCAUCCAAUGGAUGGGCAUGGGCGGACCGUCUCCAUGCCCCGCCUCUCGACAGACAACCAAGCCGUCACAGACACCAGCCCCAUGCGUCGCUCCACCUCCAGCCUGGUCCACGGGCGUCCGGGCAGAAACGUCCGGCUGGAGGACUACUCUCUGGAGAGGGAGGUGUCCGAGGAGGGGAGACACGGCGGAGGACGGCGGCACCGGGACCGCAGUCACCGCACCUCCCAACGCUCGCUCACCAGAUACACCGACGUAGACACGGGUCUGGGCACAGACCUCAGCACCACCACUCAGUCGGGCGACCUGCCACCCAAAGAGCGGGAGCGGGACCGUGGCCGGACCAAGGACCGCCGCCACCAUCACCACCACCACCACCACCACAGCUCCAUGGACAAGGACCGCUACGGGCCCGACCGCCACGACUACCCCCACAGGCAUCCGCACGACCGCCACUGGUCCCGUUCGCCCAGCGAGGGGCCCGAUGGGCGGGGCCAGAGACAGGGCAGUAGUUCGGUGAGCGGCAGCCCGGUCCCCUCCACCUCGGGGACCAGCACUCCGCGGAGAGGCCGUCGUCAGCUGCCUCAGACCCCUGCUGUCCCCCGCCCGCACGUCACCUACUCCCCCGCCGUCCGCAAGCCCAGCUACGGCCCCCCCGGGCCCGGCCGCCUGCGCUCGCCCUCCCCCCGACACUUCUCUCCACCGGACCAUGACAGAGGCUACCACCACCGGCCCCCGUCGCGCCACGCCUCCCCCCACCACGGGGGCUCCUCGUCCAGGCACGGCUCACCACGGUCCCCCAGGCACCAGUCCCCGCGUUCGCCCCUCCACGGCUCGCCUCGGUCCCCCCAUCGGGGCCGUUGGAGCGGGCCCCCACCCGGGGACAGCCUGGAGGGCGACGGGCCCUUCUAUGAGCGUGACUACGAGUACGAGCGGCACCACGAGCCCCCCGCCUACGAGCAAAGCCUCUCUCAUGGCAACCCGCACCCGCAUGGGGGGAAUCCUCACCCGCACCCGCGCUCACCAAGGACUGCCCGCCACGGACCCCCUCAGCCCCCUCACCCGCAUCCACGUAGGGUGCCCAAUGGCUACCGCUCAUCCUCACCUUCCCCACAUCGGCGGGGACCGCCCGGGGGGCCUCCCCACCCGCACCACCGCCCCCCUCAUGCCCGAGGGCCUCGCAAGGGCCUGCACGAACCUUAUAGCGAGACGGACGAGGACGACUGGUGCUAGCGACCACAGGGAAAAGGGCAGGAGAGGAGAACAGCCGCCUCCGGUGCUCUGGCCUGGAACAUGUAGACUUUAAGAGUUGGUCGAGCAGAUGCUUUGGGGGGGGGGGGGGGGGGGUGUCAAUGUCCUCCUCUGCCUCUUCCUUCACCCCUUGGACUCUUAAUGAGGUAAAGGGGCGGGGGAGAGGGAGGUGACGGUGCUGCAAAAAAGCCUUUUACAUGUUUUUUUGUUUGACUCAAAUCGGCAACAGAGCAGCACAUGGUUACGACGAAACGAAAAAGACAGCGAAGACCGCUACGCACGAGGCCCGGGCAAGGUUUAGCACCUCCUCCCUCAGUCUCAGAACUCCACUUCCCAGAGUUCUGUGCUUGACCUCCGAGGCCAGGCCUCAGAGGUGGGAGUGGAGGGAACAGCACGGCACCGACGAUCGCAGCCUCAGAGUUCUUCUUCUCUGUGAGACUAUUCGGUGAUCGGUGAGUUGUGACCGGUCUGCUUCUGAAAAAGCCUGAAAAACGAGCCGGAACUCAGAGUCUGCUGCUUUGACUCUGCUCCUUGAACAGAAACCUUAAAGAAAAAUAAAUUAAUAAAAGCCAGGACCCCCCCUUAACCCUUACAUGCCAAGCUAUGCCUCCAGAAAAUCAAACUUGAACAAUGAAGAACAAAAAUGAAAACUUUACACGAUGAACAAUGAAAAGAAAAAAAAAAGGGAGAACAACCACUUUAUCUUUAAUCUUUUCCUUUCCAAAGGGACAGAACCAGGAAGCUCCGCCUAUACUGCAAAAACCAGCCAAUCACAGCGCUGGCUGAUAUUCGAUGAGUUUUAUCAUCUCUGUUUACUGUUAAAAGACUCAUAUAAUGCUGACGGUUGAACUGCUGUGACAUCACUUCCUGUCUGGUGGCAGUGGUGAAAGGAGGUGGGGUCAUGGCGACAGCCCACUGGGCGGGUCGGGCAGGGGAGUGGGCUCCGGUAAUUAGAGAAGGGAGUCGGACACUUCGUCGAACCCCUUCCUCCUCGGUUACCGGCGCAAGUUGUGAAAGAUGACCCGACAGGAAAUGACAUCACAUGGUCGAAUGGGGCGGAGGAGAGGAAAAGAGGGAUGGGGGAAAAGACUAAUUUCUUCAGUAUUUCUUCUAUCGAUUACUUCUCCUUCUUGUUCUUCUUCGGACAUUGGAGCUUGGUUCUUCUGUUGCAUUCGCUCAGCCUCCUUUGAUCUUUUUCGGAGUCCAAAAUUUGAUGGAAACCUGCAUGACUGAUUAAAUACAUACUAGAGAGGAAAUCUUACCGGUGUGGGUGGGACCUAGGGGCUUUAUAGGAAACUUUACAUUUAGGUUUACAAAGAAGUUCCCUUUUCUCUGACUCUCUCUCUCUCGGAUCUCAAGGUUUAGAAGUUUGCUUUUUACCGAGACACUUCGGUGGUCGGUCGGCCAUUUUGUUCAGUUUCCGCCGACUGAGUUUCAACAACAUCCGAAGACAGGAAACGCCGCAGGAUCACGUCGAAGUUUCCUGAGAACAAAGAGAGAGAAAGAGCAGCGAGAAGCGAACCUUUUUUCCACACUUCGUUUAUUAUUGUUAAUGAUGAUAGUCUUAUGAAUAAUGAUAUCAAUGUCAAUGCAAAAUGAUGAUGACAAUGAUGAUGAUCGAUUGAUUGAUUGAUUGAUAGAACUGUUGCUGUAGAUUUGUUGUCAUGUUAUUCGGAGUUCAAGUAUGCUAUGUCCAUCUUGUUUACAUCCGUUACGUUUUUAUCCCCCCCUCCCCCCCCCCCCCCCCCCCCUUCCAACGACGUUUACCGGGUUCCUGAUGCCUUUCUUGCGAUGUUUCAGGGCAACGACGGCACAACGGGAACAUUCACCAAUAACAGCGUUGCGUGUUAUAACGCAACUCUUAAAGAUACGCUCUCUUCGGAACGAUGGAGGUGGAGGUCAGGGUUGAGAUUCCGAAACCUGACCGAACAUGACGAUUUCUGGGAUCAGUACUCUUUUGUCGAAGCCAACCCAAAGAUCAAGAAUUCACACUCAGAGUGAAAGGGUAGAGGAAAUCACCGAGAACCGUGGAAGAGUUUGUCUUGCAUUUUUACACUGCGAUAGAUCUCGAAACAAGCCAGACUGAGACACAAAAAAAAAAAAAAAAAAAAAAACCAAGGUUGAAUUCUUCCACUCGCAGCCAAAAAAUAAUUGACGAAUCUCAAUCGUUCCCCUCUGUCUGGCUCUGUACUUUUGUCGCCAGCGGUGACGGCACAGUUAUUGGCGAUACAGUGUUGGUGUCAGUCAGUAUUAGGUGGUGGUGUUCUUUUUUUUUGGCCACCAGAGGGCAAUUAUCAGCACACAUUCUCCGUCAUGCCUUCCCCCCUUCUUGAGGACAGCCUCCAGGCUACAUCUCGGUAGAAUCUCCUCUCAAACACCUUGGCUUAUUUAUCUUUGGAAG